CAAUGCUGUUCCUGCAUAACUCUUGAUUACUUUAUAUGAGAGCUACUGUUUAGAUUUUACAUUAAGGUAAUGCAGUCUGGCGUAGUACUGUAAUAUAAUAGCAUGUUUCUUAAUAAGGCGACGUUUAGCUUGGGUAACUUUAUGUAGUCGUGCUAACUUAGCUUAGCAUUACACAGUCGAAUCCAUUGGCCUACAGCUCUGAAAACUCCACCGACGCUCAUCGGUCGUACUUAAUCGUGUAUCGGGCAUUAAAACACACUUGAAUGAUGACCAAUAAAACUUAAGGGAAUUAAUACGUUGGGUGUGGUGGUCACGCGGAUACGUGGCCUAGCAACGCGAGAUAAUUCAUCUGCGCCAUAAAGUCCAAGAACUGAACCUGGUCAUCUACUUUACGCACUCAACGCACUUUCAUCCGAUCCGAAAAAACGACAAUAAAGAUGGUUAAGAUCUUUGUUGGCAACCUAUCCUCAAGCACGACCGCGGAAGAUCUGCGCUCUCUUUUUUCUGAAUAUGGCAAAGUAAAAGAGUGUGACGUCCUGAAAAAUUAUGGCUUUGUGCACAUGGAAGGUAAGCAGGAGGCCGAAGAGGCUAUCCGCAAACUCCACCAUCACGAGAUGAACGGUCAAGCCAUAAAUGUGGAGAUGAGCAAGGGGAAGCCCAGGGGCUCCACCAAACUGCAUGUGAACAACAUAAGCAGUGGCUGCACCAAUCAGGAGCUCCGGGCCAAGUUUGAGGAGUAUGGCCCUGUGGUUGAGUGUGACAUAGUGAAGGACUAUGCCUUUGUUCACAUGGAGCGAAUGGAGGAUGCCAUGGAGGUCAUCAGUGGGCUGGAUAACACGACCUUCCAAGGCAAGCUGAUCAAAGUACAACUGUCCACAAGUCGCCUCCGUACAGCGCCCGGCAUGGGAGACCAAACUGGCUGUUACGUCUGCGGAGAACCAGGCCAUUGGUCCAAAGAUUGCGGACGUGGCCAAAAUGGAAGCUAUGGCGGAGGCAUGGGGGGAUUCCCCGGCGGUAGAGGCCCCCCAAGGAGCGCCCCGAGUUACGGCAUGGGCGGCCCUGGAGGUCUUCCUAGUAGAGGUUACCCAGCAGGGCCGCUCCCCCCUCCCCCACCCAUGAGCCGGCGUCCCAGCUACGGCGAGUACAGCGUGGAUGCUCGAGAACGGUACCCAAGCAGGCCGCCGAGCGCCUAUCCCGAGAGGUCAUCCGCAUAUGAGCGAGAACGCUACGGAAGCAUUGACUAUUAUGAGAAGUAUCGGGCUCGUCCGGCUGGCUCUAGCUUCUUCGAGAAUAGCAGGCCUCUCUCUAUUCCCCCUCCUCCUCCUCCCCCCCCUCCCUCUUCUUCCUCUCUCUCAAGGAUGCGGUUGGCUCCUCCCAGCCUCGAUCCCUAUGAGCGACGCCCUCUGGCGCCUCCGCCUCCCACGGCAUCGGCGUACUUCUCGCGGGACCGUAGCCCAAUCAGACGUGUGGGCGCCGGUUCGGAAGGAUACUCGUACGAGCGCUCGCGACUUUCCCCGGUCUCAAGGAGCUCAUCGACUUACGCCGUGCCGCGGGCCAGAGAGAACUACACCGAGCGGGUUCGAUACGCAUACUAAGCCCACACACAUGCUAAGGUGUUGUCAAGUGAAGAGACUUCCCCUCCACCUAUAUGACUUUGCCUCAAUCAGACGCUCCAUCGGAUUUCAAAGAUGCAGGAUUGGAUAGGCACAUUGAUCACAAUGCUUAUUAGAUCUGCGUGUUAAUGUUUUACCCAUAAUGCACAAACUGCUGUUUAAUUUCCCUUUCCAAUGGAGACAUCUGUGUAUGAUUGCAAGAAGUGAUUUUGGUUUUUGCUUUGCUUUUCGCUUACAUCCAGAGGUAAGGUGGGGUGUCUAAUGUCAGCGUAAUUUUAACUAUUAACUGCAAUUAAACAGACACUUUGUGAGAUUUUAAAUUGUACUUUCGUCUCUUAAUUUCCCCCAGUCAAGUUGUGAUCCACU